AUGCAGGAACCCCAUAUGCAAGAGGACACGUUGGUCAACGAUGAUCAACUUGCGAAUCGGCGAGCGCGUGGAAGGCGGGCUCAGCGGGAGUUCCGCCAGAGACAGAUUGACACCAUUAACGAGCUCCAGGCCAGCAAAGAGUCCAUGCAGGCCGCCAUCGCCUCAAUAGCGCGCGCUGCGGCUCAGCAGGACAGCGCUGGAAUGUCUGCAGCAGUGCGCGACGCGUGUCGACUCGCUGGAGUCGAAAUACCCCAAGAGCCAGGCUUGUCCCGUGUAGUCCCCCCGAGUUAUUCUGUCCGUGAUGAGCCCCCGGCGCAGGAAUCAUCAGAGGUAGCGGGCGCCACAACGGUUUCAUGGGAACAGGAGCCAGGCACCACUAAUAUUCAAAGCCAGUCUCCUCCCAUAUUGCGCAGAGUUCCCUAUACAGGUGGAAUAGGCGUUGAGAAAUCCCAUCAUCAAUCCCAUCAUCAAUCCCAUCAUCAAUUGGGAAGAAUGUCGCCAACACUCGGCUAUGGUCUCUGGUUCGGCCCCGAGACUUCCAUCCCAAUCGAGUAUCCGCCCAUGGACAUUGUUCCAUAUCUCCAAAACGGCUCUUCGCUCGCUAUUACUGUGUUUUGGACCAGCCUGUCUUGGGGCUUCCAGAUACUCGGCGCCGCGCUCGGAGGGAACGUUGAGGCGGUGGCUACAGCCCAAAACAUAUUCAGUGCUAUUAUAUCCACCAGUACUGGCCGAGAUGUCUUGAACGGCAUCCACGCCCGCCUGAUAUAUCGUAAGACGGGGACGAUUGAUCGAGACCAUCCCGGCAACAGGCCAGAGCAAGCCCCAGUGAUAUUGGCAGCUAUGAACAGGUUAUGUGAAAACAACGGAACCCCAUUAGAGACUUUUCUAACACCCAUUGCGAUGGAGGAUCUGCUGAGGAACAGGCUAGGCCCUACUUAUGAUGUGAUUGAUCAGGCCGUGCACGGCCCGCCUUCGUGGGCUGGUUCAGAUGAUGACUAUAAGUAG